GGGAUUUUACUGCUUCUCCGAGACACUAAACAAGGGGUUUAUUUUAUUCCAUUGGCAAACUGGAACUGGUAAUAUGAAGUAUACUUGCAUUCGCUCCAUGAAUAGUUUCUUUUACACAUUCCAUCUCCUCGGUUUCUACACAGCAGGAUUUUCUACGUUUACAGUUCAUUCUGGCUGCAGCGUACAGUCGCUGCUCUGCAGCAGGGGAAAAGGAAAUAGUCUUCAGCUUUUGAAUACACUGUGCCUAAGAUAGAAAAAAGAGAGGACUGCAGAGCGAGGAACAUUCAGCCUCUCACUCCGGCCGUAUCAAACACCUACAAAUUUUAUGAUGAAUCAAGAAUAUGGAUCUCACUUACUGGGGACUGCAGAGCCGGCGUUGAUCCCAAACUCCCCCUGAAGCCUCAGCAUUAUGGAUAUUUUCUGCUGAGUACGAUUUCUAGAGAGGAACUCCUGAAAAGUUAAACACCUCGGUGUGUGUGCAGAGACUUUGUGCUGACGCAGCCUGGAGCAAGAAAAGAAAAAUGUCCAUUUUUUGUAAAUGCUAAGAUAUCAAUUGAAAACAUCACAAGUAGCCAGAAAUCAUUUAGGGAUGGAACCUUAGCAUCUGGAUUUAAAGUAUAUGUCAGCUACUCCUGGAAGCAGCUUUAACAACGGCAACAAUCAAUCAAGAAGGUUUUAAGAAGUCAUUGCUUUCAAGUAAUUAAACUGACAGGGCUCAGCUUUGGGACUCCCGUCAAUUUCUUACUUUAAUGAAGCAGAAAUCGAGCAGCUGCUUGGAUUGGUUUGGCGGAGGCUGAAUCCUGCCCCUCCAGAAAUGUGUCUGAUAGAAUUCUAUUGAUCAGAGAUGCAGUAGUGAGUGGUGGGACUUCAGUGAAGGGGGACCUAGAAGAUGCUCUGCCUUCCCUGCACAUCUGGACUAUAAGCAUCAGCACCACUGAGCUGUGAACUUGAAUGUCAUAUCACACAUCCGAGAUACCACUCCUACUAUAAAACACAAGUGGAAUAAUGGAUCUUCUCAAAGCUUUUUUCAGCAUUAUCAUUUUCUGCUUCCAUUUUUGUAAAGGAACAAGACUGCAAAGUGUGCAUAGGAUGCAUAAACCAGGACAAAUUAUUUGCAAACAAGGAACACAGAAGCCAUGUUACAAAGUCAUUUAUUUUCAUGAUACAUCAAGAAGGCUGACGUUUCAGGAAGCUCAGGAUGAAUGUAGACGGGAUGGUGGUUACCUGAUAAUUAUCAAGUCUGAAGCAGAGCAAAGAUUUAUACAGAAGCUCGUUCAAAGCAUCACUGGUUCUGAUGGUGACUUUUGGUUGGGUCUCAGAAGAAUUGAUGAGGACUCUCCAAGCUCCAGCGACUGCCAGAGUCUGUACUCUUGGGUUGAUGGCAGCAAACCCACAUUUUGGAAUUGGUAUGUGGAUGAGCCAUCAUGUGGGAGUGAGGUGUGUGUUGUCAUGUAUUAUCAGCCAUUGACUUCUCCUGGUGUUGGUGGGCCUUAUAUGUUUCAAUGGAAUGAUGACCGAUGUAACAUGAAGAAUAACUUCAUAUGUAAAUAUUCAGAAGAAAAGACUGCUCGUCCCCCCACAAGAAACGUGUCAUUAUCAUAUAUUGAUAAUGGAGCAGUUACUACCAAGGAUCCAGAAAUAUCCAUCAAAAACACCAAUGAGACAGCAAAAGAAGCUGCAGAGACCUAUUUCCAUUUCGUUCUCAUUGCAACAAUCCCAGUGCUGACACUCUUUUUGAUUUUUAUCGGAGUUCUGUGUUGCUGCUUCAUAGAAAGAAGAAAACAGCAAAGAAGUGAAACAGUUGUUAAAGAGCCCAGCUUUUGGAUGUCCACACACAGAAGGAACAGCCCUAACCUGGAGAUCUACAACGUCAUAAAGAAGCAGAUGGAUGCAGACUUAGCAGGAACAAGGCCAGAUAUCAGCAAUACUUCUUUUCGGGUGCCAUCUGGGGAGAUCUCGCCUAUAGACAAUCUCUCUGGUGAAUAUGAUAAUAUGGCAGGAAACCAUUCAGAGAGUGGCUUUGUAACACUAGCCAGCACAGAAAGUGGCUUUGUCACCAAUGAACUGUAUGAGCUGUGUAACGACAGGUAUGGGAGAAGCACAGAAUCUGGAUGGGUUGAAAAUGAAAUCUAUGGAUAUUAGAUGAGAAACAAUGGACUAAAUACAUCACAAAUGCAGACAAUGUUCCAACAAUAAUCAGAGGAAAAUGACUAGGAUUCUGCAAUUUUUUAUGAAACGAAAUGCAUCAUGGAAUUCUACAUCUGAAAAUAGAACUGUUGUUUAUUUUCUGCAACGGAUUUGCAUUAAAUUUGAACAAUUUCCAAGUCAACAAAUUUGCUGUCUGUUAAAAUGUCAUGCAUGGGCAAACACUCUUACUUUAAUUUUACUAAAAUAAUUAAUUGUGGAAGUUUCAACUGCAUAUUUCCAUUUUACCACUAGAUGUCACUACUUACAAAGAAACAAGGAAAGAUUUGCAAGUGCAGUCUUCAAAACCGCUAACUGCACAAUUAAUUGUACAUUUAUCUUGUACUGGGUUAAGCCAAUGGAACAAAGCUACCUCAAAUGAAAACUCCAGUCUAGCAAAACAUUCUCCGUGAAGCAUUAUUUUAGUUUAUUUUGAUAAUAUUGGAUGGUUGCAUAUACUAUACACAUCUUCAAAAAGCAUUGUUCUGAUGUAAAAAUAAAAUAUGGUUCUUGAUUAAAUGCAAA